AAGGAAAAUAAUGCAUUGCUGACCUUGUUUCAAGGACCCACUAAAUCGAAACGCUGAUCGCGCGCAGGUCAACAGCGGUUGACUCGGUAUCCAAGUAAUGGUACGAUGUGAAGUGAAUGUAACGGACACGGGUACGUUUCUAGGACAUAAAACUGUGCUUAUCUAAGUUUUGUUUCUAAAGCAAGUCAGUAACGGAGGAGCACCAAUGUCUCUCUGGCGGAUUUUUGGUAGAAUGUUAUUUAGAAAACGUCGUCUUACUGUGGGUGCAGUUGUGGCUAGUUUCCCAUUCAUUGGUUAUCUGUUACUUUCGCCUUCAAGAAGACUUUCCUAUUCAUUUUCGACCAACCAACAUAACUCGUUUUCUACAACCUCAGUAUCGAACCAGAUCUGGAAUGAAACAAUUGUGACAAAAAUUCCAACAGGUAACGUUAACUUGACAUCAGCACUGAUGACGGUGGCAGCUACCACUGAAACGGUACAAGUUACGAAUGUGGCUUCAAGACCUCCAGGACGCCUGGAUGUCCAUAUGUGGACUGAGAUAUGUGGAACCUCGGUCGAAAUUUUAAAAAACUGUCCUCAUUUUCCUUACUUUCCCGACACACGUUCAUUCAUCCCUGAUUUUUAUGACGUUCGUGCACGUGGUUCUACGAAUAACGGCGAGAGAGUUUUUGGAUUUAUUCACCCCGCUGAAAGCGGUGAGUAUAAGUUUGCCAUAUCCUCGGAUGACACAUCUGAGCUAUGGCUAAGUCAAAAUGAGGAUCCUGGUUCCAGUGAGAUGAUCGCACGUGUUUAUUCUCCUAAAGAGUCGGCAUGGACCGAAGAAGGGAACUACAAAAAAUAUCCUGAACAAAUUUCUAAAGCAUUCACUCUCUUCGCUGGGAAGAAAUAUUACGUUGAGUGUUUAAUGAAGCAAGGAACUGGUGCCGCUCAUUUAACUGUGUCUUGGUCUUACAACAACGCGACAUUUGAAACAAUAACUUCGAAAUAUUUAUCCUCGUUCUCUGGCACUCACGAAUCGAUGAUUCCUGUUCAUGCGGGAAAACAAGAAAAUAAAUUGCUGCAAACAAAAUACAGCCUAUAUGACUUUAAUCGUCUUCCGCUCUUAAACCGGCAAGAGUACGUUGACUUAUUUCCAAGUUGCCCCUAUAAUCCCAGUUUUUUAGUGCACAGGAAGCUGAAGCGAUACCAAGGCGUGUCGAUUGCAACACGAUCAAACGUUUUCCCUCAAGACAAUACGGACAUGUCAAGCCGUAGAGUGAAACACAAGUGGUCUUUCCCUAAUCCGCUGAUAAACGGAACUGCAGUCCAACUUGUUGUAGACCGCUUUGUCAACACUCUAAAGUCUAAGAGGUAAGCUGUCGGCCGUAUUUACAUUUUCACAAAAUAUCGAAUUGCACUUUAUAUAAUUGGAGAAACGCUUGAGGGGUUCAACUUGCAUUAUUGAUUGUUUUUUUGU